CUGAUGGUUUGCAGUUGUGUUGCCGCUUCCAUUGAGGAAGCAGUAUGGCUACUUCCAAGCGGUUUCCAACGCUCAUACAGCUGGAGCAGCGAGAAGGCACCGUUUUCCAAGUUCUCAGCAACCUUACCAAGCGGCCCUACUGGUUCCACUUCGAAUACCUGAAGAAUCCUAAAGCAGUUCACCUGGAGGCAUGGCUGGUGGAAGCGAUCUUCGGACCAGGUGGAGAGCACAUCCCACACGUGGAGUGGGUGUCCCAGACCCUACUUCACAUUCAUCGGUGGGAACCCGAAGGGGAGGCUGAAAUCCUGAUAUUUGGUCGGCCUUAUUGUCAGAAGGAUGUAUCCAAGAUGAUCAUGAACUUGGCUGACUAUCACUACCAACUGCGGGCGCAAAAGAAGGCUUCAGAGAAGGCUUCUGGCCAGGAGGUCGGGACUCAACGUUCUCCUGAUGCUACCCUGAAGGCGGCGGCCCAGCGACGCCCCGAAUCUGUUCCGGAGGCGGCGACCCAGGGCUCCCCGAAGGCUGCCCGGGGGGCGGCGACCCAGCCCUCGCCCCGCGCUACCCAGGAGGCGGCGACCCAGGGGUCCCCGAAUGCUGCCCGCGAGGCGGAGACCCAGCUCUCGCCCGGCGCUGCCCCGGAGGCGGCGACCCAGGGGUCCCCGAAUGCUGCCCUCGAGGCGGCGACCCAGGGGUCCCCGAAUGCUGCCCUCGAGGCGGCGACCCAGCUCUCGCCCGGCGCUGCCCCAGAGGCGGCGACCCAGGGGUCCCCGAAUGCUGCCCGCGAGGCGGCGACCCAGCGCUCUCCCGGCGCUACCCCGGAGUCGGCGACCCAGGGGUCCCCGAAUGCUGCCCGCGAGGCGGCGACCCAGCGCUCUCCCGGCGCUACCCCGGAGUCGGCGACCCAGGGGUCCCCGAAUGCUGCCCGCGAGGCGGCGACCCAGGGGUCCCCGAAUGCUGCCCGCGAGGCGGCGACCCAGCGCUCGCCCGGCGCUGCCCCUGAGGCGGCGACCCAGAACUCCCCCGAUGCUAACCAAGACUGGGUUAUCGGGUUAUAAAUGUAUCUACAGACCGGGAACGAGAUCAAAGCAAGGGUUAAAGUGGAAGAGCUCCUAUUUGAAGCCCUAUUCUCCUAGUUUCUACUUCUGCCAUAAAAGCUGGGAAAGAAUGGGGUGAGUUGUUUGGGGUUCCCCCCUCCCAUGUUAAAUGUUUGCAAAUAGGAAACCUAGAGUUCUAAUAAAGAAUCAAAUUUCCUUAAUGUCUGUUACCUGGCAGGUAGAAGCAAAGAAUACAUUCCUUCAGUAGCCAAUAUCUACUCUGGGUUUCUUUUUACCUGGGUGCAGGUGAGGCCUCUUGAAUUUCUAGCCAAUAAAGGCUUGCUUUUGUGCUCCUUACCCAGGCCAUCUGGGUUUGCCCUGUGAGAAGCCUCUAGGCCCAUGGAAUCCAUCCUAACUGAGAAACCUGUCCAAGCUGUGUUGCAAGUUGUGUUGUUUCUACUCAGUGUGAUACAGGAUGCAAAUCCUGGUUCAGACCUGGGCAAAGUUCAGCUACCUAUGGUGGCGAGGUGCACUGUGGUUCUACAAAGAGCAACUUGUUAGUAGUGGCAGGUUCUACAAUAGCAACU